GUCGAAGUGUGAUUGUUCCCCAGACAUGUCAAUCACAGUAGUACUUCCGGGUGUUGAAUCGUUGCAAAACUGACAACACGACCGGGAUAGUGGUGUAGAAGAGGACAUUCACUGAGAAAACACUGGAUAACACAGCUUUGGGAAAAUGAUCCUUUCAGAAGUCCUGCAGGUGCUGCGAGGGGCAGGUAAAGUGGGGUCUGCCAUGGUUAACACUCAGGGAGAACAGCUCCGGUUAAUGGCCUGCAACUCCUCCAUGGGAGCAGGGGUCAAAGCUGCUCAGGACGUAGUGGAAGGACUGGUUGGCACCUUUAUGGGCGGCAAUACGCAAGAAUCAAUAAAGGAGGACGUGUUUCCGGAUGCAGAGGGUUGGGAGAAUGUGGACCCAGAUGAAGCAGCCAAAUGGGCCAUGGGGUCUGAGUUCCCCCCUGAAGCAGGAGCUGCAGCAGAAAUGUCAACAGGAGGAGGUCCCCCACCCCCAGGGACAGGUCCUACAGGGGCAGGGUGGCCAGGACAGAGUGCACGCUUUCUCCACACAUCCCACCACAUUCACCGGUACUACUGCCAAACCAGGUCUGUGCAUGACACGGUGGUGGCCAGACUCACACCAGAAGACAUCAAGAAAGCCAGGGAGGCAAAGCAGUCCAUGGUUAAACCUGUCAGGCAGAAGCUGAGUGACCGGGCCAGAGAGAGGAAAGUACCCGCUACAAGAAUAAGCAGGCUGGUUAAUUUUGGUGGCUUGGCUGUAGGACUCGGGAUUGGUGCCAUCGCAGAAGUGGCAAAACAGUCACUGGGAGGCAAACAGAAAGGAGACAUGAAUUCGCUGUUAGACUCUCCUCUCCUGUCAGAGGCCAACGCUGAAAGGAUCGUCAACACACUGUGCAAAGUCCGUGGGGCUGCGCUCAAAAUAGGACAGAUGCUCAGCAUUCAAGACAACACUUUUAUCAACCCUCAGCUGCAGAGGAUCUUUGAGCGGGUCCGGCAAAGUGCAGACUUCAUGCCUGUCUGGCAGAUGAAUAAAGUUCUGGAGGAGGACCUGGGACCAGGCUGGCGAGAGAAGCUUUCAUCCUUCGAAGACAAACCCUUUGCUGCAGCUUCCAUCGGCCAGGUGCAUCAUGGGGUAUUAAAAGAUGGGAGAGAAAUCGCCAUGAAGAUCCAGUACCCCGGAGUGGCAGAGAGCAUUCACAGUGACAUAAAUAACCUGAUGUCGGUUCUGAAAAUGAGCGUGGUCCUGCCCGGAGGUCUGUUUGCAGACAGCAGCCUCGAGGUUCUUCAGAGGGAGCUUGCAUGGGAGUGUGACUACAAGAGGGAGGCAGAGUGUGCCAAGAAGUUCAAGUCUCUGCUGGAGGGAAAUGAGUAUUUCAAGGUCCCUGAGGUGAUCGAUGAGCUUUCAGGUCGCAGGGUGCUGGCCAUGGAGCUGGUACAGGGAGUCCCUCUGGACCGCUGUGUAGACCUGGACCAGGAGACCAGGAACGAGAUCUGUUACAACAUCCUCCAGCUAUGUCUCAGAGAGCUGUUUGAGUUCAGGUUCAUGCAGACGGAUCCAAACUGGGCCAACUUCUUCUACAACUCAGACACCAACCAGGUUGUCCUGUUGGACUUUGGCGCGUGCAGAAGCUACCCAGAAUCCUUCACAGAUGACUACGUACAGGUGGUACAUGCAGCCUCCGUGGGCGAUCGAGCUACUGUUCUCUCCAAAUCCAAGGACCUGAAAUUUCUGACGGGCUUCGAGGCCAAGGCCUUCGCAGAUGCCCAUGUGGAGGCAGUGAUGAUCCUCGGUGAAGCCUUUGCGUCCGCUGAGCCCUUCGACUUCGGCAUUCAGAGCACCACCCAGCGCAUCCAGAGCCUCAUUCCCGUCAUGCUACGCCACCGCCUCACCCCUCCACCUGAGGAGACAUACUCCCUCCAUCGCAAGAUGGCUGGCUCCUUCCUCAUCUGCUCCAAACUGAAUGCUCACAUACAGUGCAAAGACAUGUUCAUGGAUGUGUACAACAACUACAACCAGAGGAAGCAGGCGGAGCAGGCAAUACAGGCUGAAGCUUAGACACUGAGGGACGAGAUCACUGACUUUUUUCAGAGUAGACGGGGAGGAAGGGGAGAAAAAUAAUGGAGUCUUUGAUCUGAAAGAGGACGAAACGGAUAAGACUCACUAAAGACUUUCCGCCAUGACCAUGAGUACCUGACUAUGGCAAAAUACUUCAAUCUGAGCGAUGCUUGACUCUCUUUGACUGUCUCUACCCACAAACAUAAAUCCUUCAACCAUGACCCGGUUCAUGGUUACUUUGUAUAUGAUGGUAAAAAUUGUGCCAUAAAAGAUAUAUGAUGAAGCCUAAAUGUUAAUAAUGGUGAUUUAAUCUGUAUAAUAAUAGAAGAGAUGAUUAUUUAAUCCAUUUUGAGUGUUGGAGUGUGUCUGAUCAUGUUGGUACAUCUCUCUGUCACACCAAAAGAAAAAAGAACUAAUCUGCAUUCAGCCUGUUCACUCUUUGUGCAGUCACUCCAAAGACAUCAUGUACUGUAUAAUCUGACUUUGGUAGCACUUUAUAUUAAGGUACACAUAUUAAAAAUGUACUUUUUGCUUGUUAGCGUGCAUAUCAGCGGCAUACUGACUCUUAAUUUGUCAUUUUAAAGCACUCAUAAAUUCCUUUAUCCUGCAUGACUGUAUUCUAUAAUUACUAAACAACUGAAUUAUAAUCUUAACAUGCUUUGCUCAUACUGUCCUGUGCAUACUGAAGUGAAGUGUGUUCAUAUAACAUACAAAAGCCCUCACACUUUGAAAAAGCAGUGAUUUGGGGGUUUAAAGGAAAUUCUUAAUAGUCUUGUAGUUAUAGAAUACAAUUUACUACAAUAAAGAAGCAGAAUAAGGAAUGAACAAGUGCUUUUUAGGACUCAAAAAGCCAAAGUGCUUUUGAUGUGAAUGCAAAAAAGCAGCUGGUUAAUAGUCAAUAUGUGUACUGUGUAGUAUAAGGUGUUACCUUGACUGCCACUCACUCUGACAGCAAGGCCAUCCAUAUUUCCAAUAGGAUGUAUAUUUUCCUGCCUUAAGGACAUAAGUCCUGUGUUACUCCUCAUGCUGCCAGGUGCUCCAUCCUGUUAUAAUGACUUUGUGUGCUGUUGGUUGAGUUGCAGAAAAUGAAUCUUUCUUCAAAGUGGUAUGAUGAGACGAGCAGAUUAUUAAAGGAAUUGGUGAAGACAUCAUGGUUUCUCAAAUAACUUAAAUCUGGCAAAAAGAGCUUCUGAUUAUGAAAUACUGUCAACCUUUGUUUAUUUAAGAACACUUCUUCAUGACAGGAAUGUAUGCUGUGCAUUGUUGUUGUUUUUUCAUUAAACAAAUUAUGAGAGA